AUCCGUUGCUGAAGCUGAAAAUGGCGGCGAAGAAGGCCGAGAAGCAGAUCCCGUCGGAGCCGCACUGGAGAUUCUGCUACACCAUGCUCCACAAGGUUUCUAGAAGCUUUGCACUCGUCAUUCAGCAGCUCGGUACCGAGCUUCGCAACGCCGUUUGCAUAUUUUAUUUGGUUCUUCGAGCGUUGGAUACCGUUGAGGAUGAUACCAGCAUAGAUACAGAUGUCAAGGUGCCAAUACUAAUAGCUUUUCAUAAUCAUAUAUAUGAUCGUGAUUGGCACUUUUCAUGUGGAACAAACAACUACAAAGUUCUAAUGGACCAGUUUCAUCAUGUUUCAACUGCUUUUCUGGAACUUGGAAAGGGCUACCAAGAAGCAAUUGAGGAUAUUACGAAAAGGAUGGGUGCAGGAAUGGCCAAAUUUAUUUGCAAGGAGGUAGAAACAAUUGAUGACUACGAUGAGUAUUGUCACUAUGUGGCAGGACUUGUUGGGUUAGGUUUAUCAAAGCUUUUCCAUGCCUCUGGUUCAGAAGAUCUUGCUCCAGAUGACCUCUCCAAUUCAAUGGGCUUGUUUCUGCAGAAAGCAAACAUUAUUCGAGAUUAUUUGGAAGACAUCAAUGAGAUCCCCAAGUCACGAAUGUUUUGGCCUCGGCAGAUCUGGAGUAAAUAUGUUAACAAACUUGAGGAGCUGAAAUAUUCGGAGAAUUCCAUCAAGGCAGUGCAAUGCUUAAAUGACAUGGUCACUAACGCUCUGAUGCAUGCCGAAGAUUCUUUAAAGUACAUGUCUGCAUUACGAGACCUGGCUAUAUUUCGCUUUUGUGCUAUUCCCCAGAUAAUGGCAAUUGGGACGAUUGCAUUGUGCUAUAACAACAUCGAAGUCUUCAGAGGUGUAGUAAAAAUGAGGCGUGGUUUAACUGCCAAAGUGAUUGACCGAACAAAGACAAUGGCUGAUGUUUAUGGUGCAUUCUUUGAUUUUGCUUGUAUAUUGGAGUCCAAGGUUGACAAAAAUGAUCCCAAUGCUACAAAAACAUUGAGCAGGCUGCAAUCUAUACAGAAGACUUGCAGAGAAUCUGGUCUCCUAAGUAAAAGGAAAUCUUACAUUGUGAAUGGGAACGGAUAUAGCUCCACCAUGAUCUUCAUCCUGAUCAUCACGUUUUCCAUCCUUUUUGCAUAUCUCUCUGCUAACCGCCAAAACAUUUAGUUAUUUUAAGCCUUCUUGCCUUUCUGUCUUUCUGACCUUGGAUGGCAUUCCUCAUCCGACACAAUGUGAAGCCUUGCAGGCAGUAGUUUAAUGGCUAAAGUAAUUUGUCGUGUGUUGUAGUAACUGAAAAUGAACAGUGUAAUAUAUAGUUCCUGUAGGCUUGUGAUAGAUUUAAGUUUAACUUUACGAAAACUGUCAUUAAUACGUCUUGAACUCUUGA